AUGGAGACGGAAAAAUCGUCGUUCUCGUUUACCGAGACCUCGAUGGCGACCAUUCGAGUUGAGUUAGCUUCAACCGUGGAGGAUUGCAACCGGAGAGGUUUGAAAUGCGCCAAGAAAUGGGCCGCGGAACAGUUGUGUGGGUUACCUUCACCACCAUCUAAAGGUUUGAGCGAGGAAGAAACAGAGGAUUUUGAGAAUGCGAAGGAGGAAAAGGAAAGAGAGUUAAGGGUGAUUUCGUUUCCCGAACCGGUUGGAAACGUGCCGUUUCGAGGCGAAGGAGAGGAGUAUACGACGAGGACGACGACCUCAUCAAACAACCACGGACAGGACGAUCCGACGUACAUAUUAGCCAAAUCGUAUUUCGAUUUAGGCGAAUACCGAAGGUGCGCGGAUUUGCUGGCGACGUCGUCGCCGGCGUCCGCGCACGGGAAACCUUUGAAGACGUUUCUCGAACUGUACGCGCUCUUCUUGGCGGGCGAGACGACGAGGCGAGACGUGGCGAAUGUGCGCGCGAAAGGUCCGAGUGGGGCGGCUGGAGAUAGAGAGGAUGGAAAGAAAGGGAACGUUUCGGAUGCGAACGAUAUGGAUGGAGACGAUUUGGAUAGGAACGAAGGGCCGAGAGUUCGGGGCGAGUUGGUCGGGAGGAUGGCGAAUAAUCCAGAGUUGGACGUCGUCCAGAGCGGGCUGGAUGAGUACGAAAAGUAUAACAGCAGCAGUAGUACGAAUAAUAGCACUAGGGAGCAUAAUAAUAACGAGCAUAAGUGCGCGUUCAUCUGCUAUUUGCAGGCGUUGGUAUUUCGAGAACGAGGGCGAUUGGACGCGGCGAAAGUGAAGUUUGCCGAAUCGGCGAGGCUGUAUCCAACCUUUUGGAGCGCUUGGCAAGGGUUAGUAGAUUUGUGCGACGAAGACACCAUCGCCAACUUGAGGUUACCGAGAGACCAUUGGUGUUACCAAUGGUUCAUCGCGGAGUUUAAUUUAGAGAGUCAAAAGAACGUGGAAGCGAUGCAACAGUUUGAUAGGCUUUCGGAGAUUUUCAAGCGUUCGUCCUCGAUUUUGACCAAGUGCGCCAUAGCGCAAUACAACUUGAGAGAGUUCGACGAAGCCGAAGAGUUGUUCGAGCGAGUGAUUGAAGUCGAUCCACACAGAAUUGAAGGCAUAGACGCGUAUUCGAAUAUCUUAUACGUGAAAGAAGAUUUUGCCAAGUUAGCACAUCUGGCGCACAGAAUUUCCAACACGAACAAAUACACGCCUGAAACGUGUUGCGUCAUCGGAAACUAUUAUUCGUUAAAGCAACAACACGAGAAAGCGGUGACGUACUUCCGUCGCGCGUUACGUCUGAAUCGAGAUUACUUGUCCGCGUGGACGUUAUUAGGUCACGAGUAUACGGAAAUGAAAAAUCCAAAAGCUGCGAUUGAGGCCUACCGGUGCGCGGUGGAUAUCAACCCGAAAGAUUAUCGCGCGUGGUAUGGUUUAGGCCAAAUGUACGAGUUAAUUUCCAUGCACGUGUACGCGGUGUAUUACUACCAAGCGGCGGCUAAGUUGCGCCCGAACGAUAGUCGGAUGUGGUGCGCUAUUGGUGCUUGCUAUGAAGCGGACGGAUUACGCCAACCGAUAGCAGCCAUUCGCGUAUACCAACGAGCGGUGGCGUGCGGCGAUAAGGAAGGCAUCGCGCUCGGGAGAUUAGCAAAGCUUCACGAGCAACAAAAGAAUUGGAAAGCGGCGGCACAUUACCAUUUACGAAACUUAGAACGUUUGAAGCGCGAGACUGGGAGUUAUGCAGAGACGCAAGACUCCAUCGAUGGUUUGUUAUUCUUAGCAAAAUAUUAUAAAGGCGUGGGUAAAUUUGGCGCCGCCGAGGAAGCGUGCUCGAAACUUCUCGAUUUCCAAGGGCCGGAAAAGCAAACCGCGAAAGCUUUGUUGAGGGAGAUUCGCUCGGUAACGAGUGUGGAUUACGUCAGAAAUUAG